AUGAUUACUGUAAAAUUGGUGUUUGGAUUCUUAUUUUUCUUGAAACUUUCUGAUGCUCAAACGACGUGCUACUAUGGAACAUUAUACUCAAAUUCUUCAAAUGGGAAUGAAAAGCCAACAUGUUUUCAGUUUAUGAGAACUUCGCUGAACUUCACAAAUGCUUUGAGGGUAAUUUGACACUGUUAGAAAAAGAAAUCUAGAACCUGCACUUUGAUGUUUUUUCUUCGGAAAAAAAUUAUCAGGGGAAAUGACUGGGACCUUUUUCAUUUUGAAUCGUUUUUCAGUAUUGUCGUGUGAAUGGCCGGGCAACUUUAGCCAGAAAUAUUGAUCCUUUGAAAAACGAGAUCUUGAAAAAUGCAGCGAGCAAACUUGGAAUCGAAGAAUUUUGGAUUGGUGCAACAAAUGUGGAUAAUGAUUGGGAAUGGUUGAAUGGAGAUCAAUUGAAUUUUUCGAAUUUUGACAAAGAAGCCGGUUAGUGAGAAAAAACAGGGGGACAAUGAAGAAAGAUCUAUAAUUAUAGCAGUUCACUAAUUAAAUAAAAUUGGAUCUCAUCUUCACCGCGAUAUUCAAAAAUUAAUCCCCAAAAAAUAUAUCUAAUUUUAGGAUACCCAAUGAAAACUGAAAGUCAAGUUGGCGCAGUUUCAAUGCAAUCCAUGAAUGGCUUAUGGUACACCAAAAUUGAUACAAUUCAAUUACCGUUUGUUUGUGAGAGACCGGCCACCGAUGAUUAUGAUCAAGGUUUGGAAUUGAAAUUUAUUGAUAGCAAAAAUCCAAAACGGUUUAAAAAAAUUUGCUACUCAUUGAACCAAAUUUCAAAAAAAUUUCUCAUGAUCAAUUUUCGAUAUAUGAACUUCUGCAAAAAUUUCAAAAUUUUUUUUGAAAAAAAAUUAAUCACUAGUUAACCUUUUCUUUUAAUCAUUUUAAAAUUCAACCGGAAUUUUUGAAAUUCCUGUCAAUUUUCAGUUGAUCAAAUGCACUUAUCAGUUUCCGAUUUGUGAACUUUUCAAAAAAUUCCAAAAGAUAUCUAAACCAAAUUUGUCACGUCAUAACUCAUUAAAAAAUUUCAAAUUUUUAAUCACCCUUCCCUCUUCAAUUAUUUUUUCCAGGAGUUCUAUAUCGCUACCCAAAAACCAAUUUUCUUCGUUUUCCCUACGGCGGAACCAAAUCACCUCAUAUCCCAGUUCAAGCCGCUGAUCAAUCUGUUCUUUAUUUCUCAGUCGGGCCAAUCCAAAUGAACCAUGCAACAGGUGAAAGAACCUAUCUAAAACCUAUCACAAAUUUGCCAAAUGGUAUCUCUCAAAGUGACGUGGCACAAGCACAAGUUUUCAUGGUUCAAAGAAGAGAACGAAAAAAGUUGGAGCCAGUGAUUGUUAGUGAAAAAGAGACAUUUAUUGAUAAAUCGCGCAAGAAUAAGACUGAAAUUGAAACGAAUAAAUCGAUGAAAACUUCGAAAGGAAAUGGAAAAGGAAGUUCAGGAGGUGGAAAAGAAUAUCGGGAGGAUGUGAAGAAAAAUAAUGAGUUCGAGGAAACUGCAAAAUUCCAUCAACGUGAAAUUGUGAUCAAAAGGGGUUAA